CAUGCUGUCACAAGUCACAACACUAAACGGCAAGGCGCUGGCGGGCUAUGUAAAAGUUAUCUCUUCUACUAUUGGCUUAUCAUCUUUGGGUUAUCAUGAGCUGGUUUUCGGUUUAAAAGGUUAAAAGAAGUCGCGAAGACCAUCGGCUGUUCGCUAGCUUUCAGGAAACAUUUAAUGCUGUGCAAUAAAGUGCUUUGGACACCUUGAUCUACAAAAUUAAAAACAUUUUGGAAAUGGCAAGCAAAAAAGAAGCUGUGAGAUCUCGACUCAAUCCUGUGGCAUGGGUGAUGUUCACUUCACUUGUUAUUGAUCUUAUUGGUUUCACCAUUAUUUUGCCACUUAUGCCAAAAUUACUGGACCACUACAGCCUUAGUGGUGGUGCUUCCAUCAGUUUUCUAGAGAGCACAGUAAAAACCUUACAGGAAACGUUACACAUUCCUGAAAAAUUCAAUUCAGUGAUGACAGGAGGUGUCCUGGGUUCCUUAUUUUCUUUUUUGCAAUUUCUGGCUUCUCCAUUGGCUGGAUGUCUGUCUGAUACCUAUGGUAGAAAACCUGCAUUGCUUGUUAGCAUGGUUGGAAUUGCAGCCUCUUAUGCUCUUUGGGUUGUAUCUGACAACUUUGCUCUCUUUGUACUAGCCCGAGCUGUUGGUGGUAUCAGUAAAGCAAAUGUGAGCUUGGCCACAGCUGUAAUGGCAGAUAUUACAGACAGCUUAACAAGGGCUAAAGCCAUGGCCUUGGUUGGUGUUGCCUUCGCAAUCGGUUUCAUAAUAGGACCGGUAACGGGUGCAGCAUUUUCUGUUUGGGGUGUCGAUAGCAGCACAGGAAACUGGUGGUUUUGGCCAGCCAUUUUUUCGUUAACUUUAGCUGUUCUAAACUUCGGAUUUCUAUCAGUAUUCUUUACCGAAUCGUUACCCAAGGAAAAAAGGGCAAAAUCCCUACAGUUAUCUCAAACUUGGAAUCUCGUCAAUCCCGUUUCUCUUUUUAAAUUUCAGCUAGCCGAUGGCAUCGCCAAAAAAGAUCUCGAAAAAUUGAAAGUACUUGGAAGAGUUUAUUUUUUGUUUUUGUUCCUGUUUUCGGGACUGGAGUACACGUUGACAUUUUUGACACAUUUGCGGUUCGACUAUAACGCUGCUCAGCAAGGGAAAAUGUUGCUCUUCAUCGGCUUGCUGAUGGCGUUCUUCCAAGGUGGUUUAGUACGACGUGUCAAACCUGGCAAAGAAAAAAUGCUCGCGUUAGUCGGUCUAGGGGUUAUAAUUCCUAGCUUUGUUAUUGUGGGUCUCUCAAACAGUGCAACAGCGUUGUAUUUCGGACUUGGUUUGUAUUCUCUGGGAUCAGCCAUUGUCAUUCCGUGCUUAACUGCAAUGACAGCUGCGUAUGGGCGAGCCGAUCAGAAGGGUGCAGUGAUCGGCACCCUAAGAUCAUUGGGAGCACUUGCUCGAGCCUUCGGUCCAUUAGUAUCUUCGUUUGUAUUCUUCGUGUUUGGGGCCGGGCCGUGUUACUGCAUUGGUGCUGUUGGUCUUAUACUGCCAUUCGUCUUAUUGCAACAAUCUCCAUUGUAAUGAGGCACUAAAUGACUAACCAACAAUGUGAUCUGAGCUAUGUUGAUGCAUCACAGACCUGCCACGUACGUACUAGGGAACUUUAGUUUGGUUAUGGGACUUUAAAGAUAGGGCUGAACAAUCAUUUAGCAUUAACGGUGUCAACUGUUGAUGAUAUUUCUGUGCAAAUAACUAAUUGACAUAUUCCUGCAUUCCAGUUGUUGUGUUGCAUCUGCUUUUUUUAAAUACAU